UCCUUCUCGUCGCUGUUCGGCGCGCCCAGUGGGGUCGGCCCCGCCACCGUCGCCGCCAUGCCCAUGAAAGGCCGCUUCCCCAUCCGCCGCACCCUGCAAUAUCUGAGCCAGGGAAACGUGGUGUUCAAGGAGUCCGUGAAGGUCAUGACAGUGAAUUACAACACGCACGGGGAGCUGGGCGAGGGCGCCAGGAAAUUUGUGUUUUUCAACAUACCUCAGAUUCAAUACAAAAACCCUUGGGUGCAGAUCAUGAUGUUUAAGAACAUGACGCCGUCACCCUUCCUGCGAUUCUACUUAGAUUCUGGGGAGCAGGUCCUGGUGGAUGUGGAGACCAAGAGCAAUAAGGAGAUCAUGGAGCACAUCAGAAAAAUCUUGGGGAAGAAUGAGGAAACCCUCAGGGAAGAGGAGGAGAAGAAAAAGGAGCUCUCUCACCCAGCCAACUUCGGCCCUCGAAAGUACUGCCUGCGGGAGUGCAUCUGUGAAGUGGAAGGGCAGGUGCCCUGCCCCAGCCUGGUGCCAUUACCCAAGGAGAUGAGGGGGAAGUACAAAGCCAUUCUGAAAGCCAGUGCCCAGGACUAAGGCCCAUGGUCACUGUGGGCUGGGGUGAUGGUGUCUGACCAGUGGGAAUAUUGGAAUGGGAUUACUCUGGCCCAGGGAAGCCCCUGGUUCUGUCCCUGGAGACUCUGGAAAUCCUUUUGCAUUAAAAGGACUUUACACACCUGUGUAAAAGGACAUGGGAGAGGAGGGUCUGAAGCUGAGCGCUAAAUGAAUAUCCCUGCUCCACUGGUCAAUAAAACGCUUCCUAACAGCAGCUUGGUGUGUAUCUGGUCCUAGUCAAGAGGAAGGCCUGUGUAGUAGAAAGGCUUUGGGCCUGGGAGGUUAAGGCCACAGCCUGUUGACACCUGUUUUGGUCCUGUGUCGCUUUACUGGUCUCCACUGGCUUUGAAUCUUCCUCUGGGCCCUACUCUGGAGAACAUCAGGGUUGCUGUGGUUGAGUCUGGCUAGCACUGUCUGUGGUUGGCAGUGCGGACACCCCUCUAUUCAGUUCCUUGGGUAUUUUUCAGAAAUCCAAAGGCAACCCUUUGUGCACCGCUCACUUUUGUAAGUAUAAUUGAUGACCCUUGCCUGCUGGGGAGCCUAGCCAUGGGCCAGAGAUGGAAGAGCCCCAGUGGCUGACAGGCCAGCCUCACCCAGGCACGUACCUGCUGACCAGUACCUGCUGACUGCCAGCCUGUGGCCCAGCCACUGUGUGCAUUAGCAGGGAGGUUUGUAGGCCUUGGAGGAAAGGAGGAGACACCACCUGGUGGCCACAUCGGGGCCUGCUGGGGGGAUGGUGUCUAUAGCUGGUCACCUGGCUCUGCUGGCUCCCUCAGGCCCUGCUUACCAAGCUCUGGAGGCGGGAGUGCUGCAUUACUGAGCACCUUCCUUGUUCUUUCCUCAUAGGACACUGAUGUUACUGUCAUUGUAGUUAUGCUAAAGUGGAGGUUUCAGCCUCCAGAAGACAGCAGAGCCCUCUAGGGUCACCUUAAGAAUAGGUUUAGCAAGGCUGGGUGUGGUGGCUCAUGCCUGUAAUCCCAGCACUUUGGGAGGCUGAUGUGGGUAGAUCAGUUGAGCCCAGGAGUUCGAGACCAGCCUAGGCAACAUGGCAAGACCUUGUCUCUACAAAAAAUACAAAAAUUAGCUGGGUGCGGUGUUAUAUGCGUCUGUAGUUCCAGCUAUUUGGAAAGCUGUGGUGGGAGGAUCUCUUGAGCUUGGAAGGUCAAGGCUUCAGUGAAUCAUGAUCAUGUGCUACUGCACUCCAGCCUGGGCCACAGAGCAAGACUGUCUCAAGAAAAACAAUUUUUUAAAUAGGUUUAAUGAUAAAGUGAAGGACCAGUUGGACCAUGGCCCCCUAGAAACUCAACCAAGGAGACUUGACUUGUAUCUGAUACAAGGCGGCAGUGGUUAAAAGAAUUAAAAAAGGACGGUGGUGCUUGGAAGAGCAGAACCAAAAUUUUCACUCCUCUACCUACUAGGGCCUUGGCCAAGUCUUAAAGCUUUCUGGGUCUGUAACUGGUUUUGUCUGUAAAAUGGGGAAAAGGCUACCUUUUCUGCCACAUGAACUAGCCGCCUAGUGAAAUGAUGUCAUACUAUAAUGUGUUUCAUUAACUAACUGUUGGAGAUUAUCACAUUAAAUUGAUCAGAUUUGGGUCUUUUA